UCAUCGAUCAUCCUUUCCGGUAUUGCACAUGGACAAACAAAAAGAAAUUGAAGAAGAGAAUUCUCAGGACUUCAAAUUAUUUCGAUCCAGACCUGUUACGGCCGGCGGGAUAGAGAAUGGAAUUCGUUUUUUCAUCAGUGCCAUGAACGCAUUAGAUAGAAUCGAAGGUUUGUUUUGUGAAAUAGAACAAACCAAAAUGUUAGUUCAGCAGAUGAUAGGAGAUUUCAAUUUAGCUGGAGGAAAGAUACGACUAAAUCCUGAGGAACGAACGAAGUAUAUCUGCCUUGGAAAGGAAGACGUACAGGAUAAGGAAGUGAAAAGAUGUCAAAAGCGUUUAAAGCAGAAACGUAACAAAAGCCUGGUGGAGAUCUGUGAGGAAUUGAAGGAAAAGAGCCCGAGGCAAUGGAUAAGAAGUAGCCAAUGCUAGAGGAGUGCUGUGUUGGCGAACUUUUGGAUGGAGAUAAUUUGAUUAUCAAAUAUCUCUUUAAGAACUCAAUAAGAAAAGAGUCUGAGGUAUAUAAAAGCGUAUUUUACCCUAUUUUACUCAUUAAUAUCAAAACUAUCUCUACAUUGUUGGUUAAGAUUAAAGUUGACAUGGCGUUCUUAGUGUUUUCUUCUCGGUUCUAUACAUUUUACCAUUGUACAAUCCAUGGCUUUG